UUGUUCUUCAUCUUCUAUCUUCUUCCCCCAAUCCCCAUUAUCACCCCUUCACCGCCCCAACAUUUUAGGGUUCUUCCUGAUCUCUUGCCUCACUUUGUUGAAAUUAACGCAUCAUUGUCUUGGGAAAAUGUCUCAAAAUGGAAAAUUGAUGCCGAAUCUCGACCAGCAAAGCACCAAGCUCCUCAAUCUCACCGUACUCAGACGAAUCGACCCUUUCGUCGAAGAAAUUCUCAUCACCGCUGCUCACGUCACCUUUUACGAGUUCAAUAUCGAGCUUAGCCAAUGGAGUCGCAAGGACGUAGAGGGAUCUCUUUUUGUUGUCAAGAGGAGCACGCAACCUCGCUUUCAGUUCAUUGUGAUGAAUAGGCGCAAUACAGAUAAUCUGGUGGAGAAUCUCUUGGAAGAUUUUGAGUAUGAAGUCCAAGGUCCAUAUUUGCUCUACCGUAAUGCAGCACAGGAAGUAAAUGGUAUUUGGUUCUACAAUAAACGUGAGUGUGAUGAGGUUGCAAAUCUUUUUAACAGGAUACUUAAUGCUUAUUCCAAGGUGCCUCAGAAAUCAAAGGUAGCAUCAACAAAAAGUGAGUUUGAGGAACUGGAAGCUGUCCCAACUAUGGCUGUUAUGGAUGGUCCUUUGGAGCCACCAUCAUCAGCUGCCAAUAACAUCAAUGAUUCUCCUGAUGAUACUGCCCUUGCGAACUUCUUCAGUACUGCUGUGACUGUUGGAAGUGCUUCAAGUGCAGCAGUAACUGGGCAACCUUAUCAGUCAUCUGCAGCAAUGAUUGCUUCUUCUCUCCCAGCUACUCUUUCAUCUUCCACUGUUGCAACCUUGCAAGUGCCUUCGCCUCCUCUGGCUCCAUCAACUCCUUUAAUGACACUACUGGAUACUUCUGAAUCUAGCAGCAAUGGCAAUCGGACAACUAAUCUUGUAAAGCCUUCCUCGUUCUUCGUCCCUCCUUCCUCUUCUGCAAGGAUGAUGCCACCUGUCUCUACAUCUUUGCCUACUGCACCUCCACUCAACCCUUCUGUGAGCCUGCAACACCCCUAUGGGGCUCCAUUGCUCCAACCUUUUCCACCACCAACUCCUCCACCUUCUCUUACUCCUACUUCUGUUCCUGCUCCAAACUAUGGUCCAGUUAUCAGCAGAGAAAAGGUCAAGGAAGCACUUUUGGCACUUGUGCAGGACAAUCAAUUCAUAGACAUGGUCUACCGGGCAGUGCUGAACGCACACCAUUCAUGAGUUGUGGAUCAUGAUCGAUUGGAGGAGGCGACAAAAAUAUAUAUACCUGGAGUUUUUGUUUAUUGUGUAGGUUUUUGUUUUCCUGUGUUCUGCUCCUUUUUGAGCAUGACCUUUUUAUAUUAUUGAAGAUGCAGCUUGUAUAGAAUUUAAACUUGGUUGGUGGGCCUUGUUGGAGUGCUAUAUAAAUUCAAUGAUGAUUAUGGUUUGUGUAUGUUUUGUGUUGCGAUGACGACGACCUUAA